AUGCAACGUAGGGUAGCAACAGUUGCAAAGGGGGAGCUGGCCCUGCUGGCGCGCUCGGUGCCAAGUUCUGCACUUCUGGGUAUACGCCAGUCUACUUUGGCCUCUCGCGUAUCAGCUUCGCCGCUGCACGGUGCUGCUACCAGGCCACGACCAUGGUCGCCCUCCUGCUUCCUUCGCAUCAGCGCCCGAUCGCUCCACGCCUCUUCCACGCUGCAGCGCAGCGCCAAGUCGAGCAUGGUGGAGGCUACCUCUGCCGAUGACCCCACAGACAGCGCCGAGGCCAAGGAGACCAGCGCUGAGUCGGCUGCUACGCCGACGACCACAACGACGCUGAACAUCGGACGCAUACAGCCCAAGCUCGAGCUGCACUACACGUGCGGCGUGUGCGAGCUGCGCAGUACGAAGCAGUUCAGUCGCGUGGCCUACGAGAAGGGCGUGGUCAUCAUCCGCUGCGGCGGGUGCGAGAGCCUCCACCUGAUCUCGGACAACCUGGGCUGGUUUGGCGAGGACAAGAACAUCGAGGAGAUCAUGCGCAAGCGCGGCGAGGCCGUCGAGCGAGGGCGCAGGGACGCCGGUGGCAACAUUCUCCUCGACAACAACAACACCAAUACCGCCGGCGACGAUACCAUCACCACCGACCUGGAGCACGACGGCACCCAGACAGUCGUCGAAGAGUCCGAAGACUGCAUCCUCAUCACCCCUACGGCCGCAGUAAGGUAG